UCUUGCCUGUUUUCUUUCUUCUCUGAUUCUAACCUUCUCCCAUUUCUGUUGAAGCAGCACAGCCCCACCGGCUCACCCCCUUCUUUCUUCUCCUCCUCCUAUCUACCUUUCUCCUGCGACCCUACGCUGCCUCGCCAAUCCACCAUCUUCUGUAGCGGCCCCUCCAUCUCUCAGGCACCCUUAGUUCAGGAAUCAUGGCGGAUGAAGCUCAGAAUGAUGUGAACGAUCAGGUGGCAGAUAUUGCACCCUUUGAUCCAACUAAGAAGAAGAAGAAGAAGAAGGUUGUAAUUCAGGAUCCGGCUGACGAAUCUGUUGACAAGUUAGCAGAGAAAACUGAAAGUUUGUCAGUUUCUGAUGGCUUGGAGCCAACCACAUUUUCUGGACUUAAGAAGAAGAAGAAAAAACCAGUAGAGGCCAUCUCCUUGAACGACGACGGUCCGGAUGCCACAGAGGAUUUGGAUGAUCAAUCAGGGGAGAAUGAGGAUCGAGAGGGAAUUGUUCUACAGUAUCGUUUUCCUUGGGAGGGAAGUGAUCGCGAUUAUGAGUAUGAGGAGCUUCUUGGACGGGUAUUUAACAUUCUUAGAGAGAAUAAUCCAGAGCUUGCAGGUGAUAGGCGUAGAACAGUUAUGAGGCCUCCUCAAGUUCUUCGUGAAGGCACAAAGAAAACUGUUUUCGUCAAUUUCAUGGAUCUAUGUAAAACGAUGCAUCGUCAGCCAGACCAUGUUAUGGCUUUCUUAUUGGCCGAACUGGGAACCAGUGGAUCUCUUGAUGGACAGCAGAGAUUGGUUGUUAAAGGAAGGUUUGCACCAAAGAACUUUGAAGGAAUUCUGCGAAGAUAUGUCAAUGAGUAUGUUAUUUGCAUUGGGUGCAAGAGUCCAGACACUAUCCUUUCAAAGGAGAAUCGACUGUUCUUUCUCAGAUGCGAGAAGUGUGGUUCUGGACGAUCAGUUGCUCCAAUCAAAGCCGGUUUUGUUGCUCGUGUUGGCCGUAGGAACGCUGGGACAUGAUUUUUACUUGUUAUAUUGAAGCCUGAUGUUUUUUCGAGUUACCUCUUUUUGAAAACGUAGUUGACUAUCGAAGGAUCGUUGGUGAAUUUUGAAGUGAAUGUGGUGUUGUAAUUCGGGUUCUUCUAGUAGCAUUUGAAGUUUGUUAUUGUACUCGCUUUUCAAGUGGCAUGCUUAUAUAUAUUGAGCCUUCCAACUA